AUGAUGCACAAAUCCAAUAAUUCGCCCAAGCAAAAAUUGAGCUUGUUAAGUUUAUUACACUUGAAGAAAAAAAAGUCUUCAACCGCUGAUGUUGAUACAUCUAAAAUACUAUCAAACCAAUUAGAUGGCCCUUAUCGUAAUGUUUCUAAUCCGCUUAAUAGAAGCACUAAUGUUUCUUUAUGUUGUGCAAUUACAGAGACUACAAAAACACCAUCAGACUUUCAAAAUGAACAAAACUCAGGUGAACCUGAUGUUUGUUCCUGUGCAGAACCCAAUACUUCUCACAAACGAUCACUGAGUCUAGGUUUACAUCCAUCUACUAACUGUGUAAAUGAAGAAUAUAAAGAUACAGAACUAAAUGAUCCUCCGACCCCUACUUUGGAAAAAUGUGACAGGUUACGUAAAAUAUUUAGCAAUGCACAACAUGUAUCAGCAGAUAGUAUUAUUAUUCCAAAAACUUCAAAUAUAAAUACAACAGAAUUAAAGUCAAGUCGACCAUCAUCUACUACUACAUUAACAGCAUCUGACCAUUUAAAAAAAAGUGAAAAUAAAAAUAACUCUAUGGACAGUUUAGCCCGACAAGCUUUAUUUGCAGUUCAAGUAUUACAUCUUAUUCCUACGUCUGAUGUUAAAGAACGGUAAAACAUAUCAAAAUAUACUUAUUUAAAUUUUUAUUCAGAAUAUAUUUAUGCAUAUAUAUAUUUUUUUUUUCAUAUUUAUAUAGAAACUAUUUACAUGGGCGUAUUGCAGGAAAUUCUUUAUUAGGAGCAAUGGAACUGGAAAGAGUUUUACAUAAUCGUGAAGUUCGUAUAUAUAUCGGCACGUGGAACAUGAAUGGCCAAGUAAAUAAAAUAUUUGUAUAGCCAAUUUAUCGAACCCAAUACAUAAUAAUAAUUAUUAAUUUUUUUAGGCACCUCCGCCUGAAUUAAAUGAAUUACUCUUACCUGACACAGUUCCUCACCUUCCAGAUAUUCUUGCUAUAGGUACCCAAGAAAGUUAUCCUGAUAAAUUUGAAUGGGAAGUAAAUAUUCAAGAAACUAUAGGACCAUCACACAUUCUUUUUCAUUCUGCAUCUUUAGGCACAUUACAUUUAGCUAUUUAUAUUCGAAGAGAUUUAAUUUGGUUUUGCUCUGGUAAUAUUUUAUAAUUAUAAUAUCUCAUUACAAAUAAUUAAUGUUUUUUAUUUUUUUAGUGCCGGAAGAAUCAAGCUUUAGUACUAGACCAGGAACAGCAUUUCGGACAAAAGGCGCUGUUGCAAUUUCUUUUUCCCUAUUUGGUUCAUCAAUUUUGUUUAUAACAUCACAUUUAACAGCACAUGUUGAAAAAGUUAAAGAACGUUUACAAGAUGUACGUAGAAUCAUUAAAUCUUUGGAGCUUCCAAAACUUUUACCUGUUAAACAUAAAACAAAAGGUAUAGGCUAAUCUUUAAAUCUUCAUUUUUUAUUUACAAAAUCAAUACUAAUAUAUUUUUUUCAGAUGUUACCAAUAACUUUGAUUACGUAUUUUGGUGUGGAGAUUUAAACUUUAGAUUAGCUCAUUCACGAAUCGAAGUUAUGAAAUGGGUAACACAGCAUAGGUUUCCCUUAGUUUCGUCUGCCCAUCAAUCACUAUCAGAUCAACUUAAUGAUUGUAUUUCAAGUGGUAAGUUAAAUAAUGUAUCAUUUAUUAAUUUUAUUGGUUUUUAAGAAAACUUGUUUCAAAUUAUAGACCAUAGCACCUUUUCUGAAAGAUAAUUUUAUCUAGUUGGUUCAUUGGGGGGAUCAUUUUUUGAUUUUAAUAAGGGUUUUCGAAAAAAAAACGGGAAAAACCUAAAAGAAAAAUAUAGGUAAAACGGCAAAUAUUUACAGCGGGCCGCGGCAUCACCGUUUUCAUUGUAUUUACAAUGUUUUAUACCAGAAAUAUUGUUGCAAUACAAAAAUAACAAGAGAUUGAUUUUAUUCCUUUUAACACAUAGCCAUUGAUGGAUAAAAACAUUUUGUGAUAUCUAAAGUAUUUUUCAUAAUAAUUAGAAAAAGACAAAAUAUAUACAUUUUUUUUAAAUUAUGGCACAACAAUUUCAUUACAUUAUAUUUGUACAGCCUAUAUUUUCCACCAUAAAUAUUGCUCCAAUAAAAAGACUUUAAGAGAUCUGUUUUGUUGAAUUUUUAAUCUAAUUUGUGACUAAGAGUCAUUUAUUAAAUUUUUUUGAAAUUGUUUAAUAAUAAUUGAGCAAUACUGAAAAAUAUAAAAAAAACUGGAAAAAGUAAGAAAAUAAUUUUAAUUUUUUAACCCAGCAAUGCAUUAUUACUGACAGGUUACAAUGUUUUGAAUUGUUUAUAAAAUAUUUAAAAAAAAAAAAAAUUAUGUAUUGUAGAUCUAAUUCAGUUUUAAAUAUUAAAAGAUUCUUAAAAUGUUGGCAUAAAACUAUUUUUUUUUAAUAAUAAAAUAAUAAAGUAAUAACAAAAUUAUUAAAAUGAUUAAUACUCGUAAGUAAAUAUAGUAAAAAUGUAUACAUACAUUUUUUAAAUUUAUUUAUUUAAGUUUCAAAAUAAAUUGUUGACAAAAAUCGUAAAUAAGUUCUUUUUUAUGUUAUAUUGCUGUAAGUUAAUUUUAUUGUAAUGUUUAUUAUUUAGUUUUUAUUAUUAAAAAUGUACACAAAUUCAUAAAAAGUAGUGAUUGCUAAAUAAUUGUUGUAUUUAUUUAGAUCAGUUGUAGUACUUUAAUAAAAGAAAAUCAUGUUCUUUAGUAUCAGGCAAAAAUAGAGGAACCCAGACCCCAAAAUCAUCCAUAUAAUUAUCCAAAAUUAUUCAUUACUUUCCCAUGUAACACCAUGAUAUUUUAUUUAAUAACUCACUCUUGUAUUAAAAUUUGCAAAUUAGCAAUUUAUCAAAUGUUGUCUAGUUCAUACAUUGGGGAAUUAAUUUUUCAUUUCAUAUUUUUGAUUUUCUUUAUAGUAUAAUUGGGUAAAAUAAAAAUAUUAAAAUUUUUUAAGAAACCUGACAUUUUCAAAGAAAAAUUAGCCUUGUUCAAGCAUUGUACAAUUUUAUUGUUAAAAUAUGUUAACAAAUAUUGAGUUUUUAAUAGUUCUUUGACAUUUUUGGUUUUAUUAUGUGAAUACAAUUUGUAAAAAAAAAAUAUAUUUAAGUUCACAUUUUAUACAUAAAUUAUGAUAAUCUGAUAAUCAUUUCACAUACUGUUUUGUGUAUAUAACUUUUUCAGCUAUGUAAAAAUUGUAUUCAAACAUUUAAAUAAAAAACCACAGACAAAUAUAAUUUAUUUUGUACUUGCAAAUUAAUAUAUUUUUUUAUUAAAGUGGUUCAAAUCAUGAUUAAAUAAACUUUUCUCUGAACUAAUUUUUGUUAGCAAUGAUUUAUUGUUAUGUAUACACAUCAUCAGAUCCUCUUAUAUGUCUUACCAUUAUACCACACACAACAGUGGCCUAUUCAUGAGAAGUAUCCUUUAUAAAGAGCAUAGUGAUGUUAUACAAAUACCUAUGAUGUGCCAGUAUAAAGUUUAUUUAAUUAGGUCUAUUUUUAUGCCACGUUAUUUUAAAAAUAAUUGAAUUAGUGAAUUCUACAUUAAAUUUUGUCAUUUUAUUCCUAACGUUAUACAUUUUAAAUUUUCUUUAAAAAAAAGUUGGAUUUACUGUUAAGAGUUAGUAAAGUUAAAAAUUUAAAAUAUUUCAUUCUGUUAUAUUGGAUAUAUGUUAAUUAAUUUGAAUAAAUAAAUUGAUUAAUUAUAGGAUCAGUAUUUAAAGGAUUCCAAGAAGGCCCACUAACUUUUGCGCCAACAUAUAAAUACGAUCCAGGAACUGAAAUGUUUGAUACAUCUGCUAAACAAAGAACGCCUUCAUACACAGAUAGAAUUCUUUUUAAAUGUGGAAAACAAAUUUUACCUAGCCCUACAGGUAAAUUUUGUUUAAAAUUUGAUUGAAAUUUAAAAUUAUGUAUACAAAAUGUUUGCAGGAUCUUCAUCCAUAACAUCGAAUAUUGAAUGUUUAACAUACUGUUCAGUACCAUCAGUAUGUACGUCUGACCAUAAACCAGUUUGGGGACUUUAUAAGUGUUCAAUUCGCCCAGGCAUUGAUACGUAAUAAUUCAAAAAAAAUGUUUAAACUAUAAUAUCAUAUUAAUAUUAUAUAAAAUAUAUAUAUGUUUCAGUAUGCCUUUAGCUGCUGGUCAAUUUAAUCGUGAGGUUUACUUGGAAGCAAUCAAAAGACGAGCUGCAACUAUGAACAAACGAGUUGGGACAUCUGCUGUUUGUAAUUUACAAUAA